AUGACGUCGGCAGCGACGGCGACGACGGCGACGUCGGCAGCAGCAGAAAACGUGUCCGCGAGAUCGAAAACGGUCUCGCGGUACACUCAGACGCCGGAGAUCUUUAUAAAUCGAAUAGUACAAGAGGAGGUAGAACGUCUUCUCUGGCAGAAGCAGAGGCGGCAGCGGAAUAAGUGGGCCGCUAGGCAGCGGUCUUAUAAUUAUCAUGAUCGGGAUGCGGUGGCCGCUCCACCCGCGGUGGCCACUCCAUUCGCAGAGGCCACUCCGCCCGCUCCUCCCGCUCCGUCCGUUCCGCCCGCUCCACAUGCUAGACCCGCUCCGCCAGUAUCAACUGUGCCACCGGGAUACGUCCCCGCAUCAUAUAAUCCGGCGUCGUCCGUGCCAUUGGGGUACGUUGCACCGUCGACCGUCCCCCCAGUGUACGUCCCGGCUUCGUCCGUGCCGCCGGGAUAUGUUCCGUCGUCGUCCGUGCCAUCGGGGUACGUUGCGACAUCGUCCGUCCCUCCAGAGUACGUCCCGGCUUCGUCCGUGGCGCCGGGGUACGUUUCGGCAUUGCCGUCGUCAGCACCACCGGGAUACGUAAAAUAUCCGUGA